GACCACGUCUUAGAUUGUUCAUCCUCACGAAUGCUAAUCAGAUUAGCCCAGAGAUGGGAUUAGCUUCCAGGCAGAUGGAGCCCUGAGAGAGACUUCAGGAUUGAGUCAUGAGAGGAGGCAUCAUGCACACACACACACACACACACACUCACAGGUUAGUCACUGAUGACUGAACGCAUGAUUACAAACAGUCAUUUCGAAUCAUAAUUCAACACAUCAUUCGCCCAACUCCCAAAAAAAUGUCAGUAUGGGAAACAACAGAGCUAAAAGAGGCUGGGCAAGAGGGAAAGAGGAAGGGAUGAAGAGAGAUUAACACUGAUAUCAUCCAAGCACAGGGCGGAGACACACAUGCAGAGAGCCAACAACACCAGACUCAAGCCAGAACACCACACAUUUCUGCACCAGGGGUGAAACAUCUCUGCAUGUCCAGCAGACAAGGUCCUAAGAACCAUCCAUAUCACCAUUUUUCAUCUAUAUUCCUGUUCGUAACUUCCCCUGCAUGGCGACCAGAGAACUUGCAGUGGAUGUCGGUAUGACAAGUUUGCUGCUGUGACAUUUCAAAGACUGGAGCUUUGCAACUGGUUGAGUCUGAGUGGGGAGGCAUGAUGUCGCUGGUGGUGGAUGAGACAGCAGGGGAUCUCCCAGUCAGAGAUGUGGGGCUGAUGAGAGGGGGACUGAUGCCAACUGCCCCAGAUACAGUACGCGAUGUGAAGCCAUGGAAGAAACAUCAUGUCAUGAAGACAAAAGUAGAUCCUCAGCGCCUGUUUCGGUUUCCCAGAGAGCACCUGGAGGACCUGUGUCUCCGACUGCAAGAGGAAAACAGUGUGCUGAGACAACACACCCGUACACAGGAGCAGAGGCUACGCAGGAUGUCCACCAGACUGAUGCGUCUCCGUCAGGCCCGUCCUGGGUCCAGCGGUGUGAAGGACAGGGACAUGGAGGACACCAUACAGGAGCUGGAAGCCCGUGUGGCCAUGCUGGAGAGUCAGAAAGGGGCGCUACAGAACAAACUCAGCCUGGCCAAGCAGCACAUUAUGGACCUCGGGGGGCGGACGACUUACAAGUUCAGUAAAGGUAAGAGUAUGGAGGUGGAGGGUGGAGUCAGAAGGGCAGCCCAGACUGCCCCACCUCGCUACGGCUCUACGUUUGAAGACACCAGGGCCGAGAUGGAGAGAUUCAGGUCCAGUGUGACGGAGCAGGUGAGGGUUACGGAGCUGGAGCUGACCGCCCAGGCGCUCAGAGACACGCUGAGAGACAAAGAGAAAGAGAUCGAGGGAACAGUGAGAGAGAUCAGGAAGCAACACGCUGACCGACUCAGGAUAAAUAUCAGAGAGAACGUUGAUCUGAUCCGUCUGCAGAAGCAGCUUUCAGAAAAGAGCACUGCCCUGAGAGUCACUCGAGAGAGAUUCAACAACCUGCAAGAGGUAUAUGAAAAUCAGCUGGAAGAGAGUCAGAGGUCGCUGAAGGAAAGCCAGGGAGCUCUGCUGGAGAAAGUGGAGGAGCUGACAGAGCAGCUGAAGCAAGAGAGACAGAGAGCCCUGACGCUGGAGGGGCAACUUAACACCUCUACGCUGUCUCUACAGACCCUGGACAAGCUGCAGGAGAGGAUAUCAGACCUGGAGGGAGAGAGGGAUCUGAUUAAAGAAAACUAUGACACUCUACUGGAGAGAACUUUAUCUGUGCAAAGCAGCAAUGAUGCCCCCGUGGAAAAACACAGAGGAGUGGACCAGAAGAGAGAGAAACAUGGUGAAAACAUCAGCAGGACAGACAUCCAGAGACUGGAGGAGAGGCUUCUAGCAGAGAGGGAGGAGAGAGGCAGGCUGGAGCUGGAGAAGGAGAAACUGAGACGAGAGAGGGAGAUGUUCGAGGAGCAGAGGGAGCGAGAAAGAGAGUUUUCUGGGAUGUCAAGAGAACAACAAGAGCAUCUGGAACGGGAGGUUCUCCAGUACAAAGAGCAGGUUUCCUAUCUGCAGGACAGACUGGACUCUGUCACCAAGGAGUUUGACAUGAGUGUAGAGGAUCUUAGUGAUACUCUUCUUCAGAUCAAGGCAUUUCGGAUGCAGCAGGAGAGCAGGGCAGCACUGCUUUUCCUCCAGGCUGAUGGGAAGGUGGAGGACUCACCACGCGAGCUGGUGAACAUCCAAGCGUCGCAUGCUGAGGCCGUGCUGGAGUUACAGAAAACCAGAAACCUUCUACAGCUGGAGCACCGCAUCAGUACAGACCUGCAGGGAGAGUUGACCACCCUCAACCAGAAGAUGGACAGAGAGAGGGAAGAGGUCAGGAGGAGGAUGGCAGAAAAAGACAAACUUUUAUCAAAAAGAGCUCUUCAGAUCAACACUUUACAAGCUCAGCUGAAAGAGUUAGCAUACAGCCCAAGGAACUACAAGCGGACCAUACCAAUACAGUACACGUGGCCUUCUGUAGACCACGAUGUGGUAGAGCCCACUGAAGAUGACUUGACAUUCUCUCAGCUUAGGGCUGGGGAGUCACUGCUGGAGAUCCACCUCAAGGCGGCCACCUUCACCCCAGCAGGGCUCCGCACCAUGGGCAGCCUCCGUCCAGGGGCGGACAGGGGUGGGGACAUUGUGACCUUCUGUACCUACAGCCUCUUGGACUUCGAGAUGCACUCCACUCCUCUGGCCUCAAGUGGCCAACCCAACUACAGCUUCACGUCCCGCUAUGCACUAACAGCCCGGGAUCUGGGCAGGCUGGGAGGUCAGGGGUCAAGGGUCAGAGUUGAGCUCCACCAGGCAGUUGGAGGGGUGCAGUUUGUGACACAUGGAAGCGGGCAGAUGUCCCUCAUGGGUGCCAUGGAAAGGAGAGGGGAGCGCGUGGGUGGACGCGUGAAUAUCACCGGCUCUGAGGGUGAAAUUGUUGGCGUUUUGGAUUUUUGGGUGCGCCUGUAUCAUCCUGCAGAGCCUGUCGACACUUUGGUAGAGAGAGGAGCUGACAGGCGAACGGACACACACAGGAGUCCUGUGCAGGUCUCUCUUGGCUGGCAAGAUACUGGACAUGAGGAGUUACAUGACUAUGGUGGCGGCAUCCCCAAUGAGUUGGUGGUUAUGUUGGAACGUUGCGUGGGCCUUAACGCUCGCUGGCCUGGAAUUCUUCCUGAUGCCUACCUGACAUACAGGCUCUACGACCUGCCGCCUCACGUCUCUCAAACAGCCCAGUGCACUGCUGACCCAGUGUUCAAUGACACCACCAGCUACCCACUGGCAGUGACAGCUGAUGUGUUGCACUACCUGAGGUCCAGCAGCUUGUGGGUGUAUGUGUAUGAUGACAGUGAUGACCAGAUACCACCAGCUUAUCUUGCCAAGACCCCCAUCCCACUGCGAGGGCUGGCUACAGGCAGGGAGAUCAGAGGUGACUAUGUUCUGAGGGAUCCAGCUGGUGGACCUAGGGGUAUGGUCAGGGUCAUGUUAAAAUGGAAGUACCCCUUCCAGCCAUCGGUCGACACCGUGCUGGAAAGACAGGAAAGAGCAAUGGAAAGCACCGAGCAGGAGGAGAGGAGGAGAGAGGAGGCCGGAGCAUCGCAGAGACCCACUGCAAAGCCUAGAAUGAAGAUGCAACCGCUUGAGUCAAGAGAAACCAAAACAGUGCAGAAAGAGACCAAAACUCGUCCUCAGCAGCCACCUGUCAAACAGAAAAGCUUACAGAACCUACGACCCGAGCGACCCACCUCUGUGACCACUCGCAAGUCCUCAGAAAGGAAGAGAUCCCCCAAGAGGUCACCUAACCUGUACCAGCACACACCCCAUCUGACGCCUGAGCCGAGACUGACCACACCGUCUCAUUUGCCAACGAGGAAAUCAUCAGAGAGAACGACUUCCAGACAAUCUUUCACCACGCUGUCAAGGAAAAGUUCUGCCAGUGAUGCCAGGAUUCAGGACAUUCCCUCUGUGGAUCAGGUGUCAAUGGAUGAAGAGGAGGAGGAAGAUGAGAAGAGUGAGAGCGUUGCUGCAGCAGACAGCGAAGCCCCAGAGUCUUCAGAGUCAAGCUCCUCACAAAGUGACAUUAUCAUCAUCCCUCCAAAACGAAAAAUGAGAAAGGGAAACAAGCUGAGAGUGGAGAUUCUGUCCCUGACGUUUGAACCGUCCUCUGACGUGGCAUCGGACCAGUCAGUGCAGUGUGUGUAUGUGGAAUAUCGGCUGCUGGGUGUCCCAAUGGAGACGACAGAAACACCCAUGUCCCUCCGCAAACCCAGAGAGGGGGAGGAGAUUCACUACAACUUCACACGAGUGAUUUAUGUGGAUGGUUCCCACUCAGUUCCGCUCAGACAGUAUCUUUACACCAUGUUGGAGGGCAGUGACCCCAACCAGGGCAGAUUGAAGUUCACAGUCGUCAGCGAGCCGAUGGACGAUGACGAGGAGUGCGUGGACGUUGGACAUGCUUUUCUGGAUCUACAGGAACUGCUCCUCACAGGAAAUGAUGUCAUUGAACAACAAAUUGACAUUGUGAGUGUGGAUGAAGACAAGGAGGUGAUUGGACACCUGAAAGUGUCUCUGGAAGCAGCGAAAGCUCUGACUGGGAUUUACCAGGAGUUUCACCAGAAAAGUGAGACCAAGAAGGAAGACGAGACAAGUGAAGAAGAAGAGGAAGAGAAAGAAGAGGAGCUAGAAGAAGAGAAGAAAAAAGAUCCAGUACAAAUGAUAGAUUAUGAUGAUGAUGACAGUGACUUCUAUUGAAAACAAUUAGUAUGAGAUGAACAGAGAGAUUGUAUUCUUCCUCACCAUUUUCACCAUUCCCAAAAGCAACCAAAUAAAGAAUCUUUUUGAAAGGCA